GUUUUAAAGCUUAGUAAUGCCAAACUUGGCAAAAAUUUACUCCUAUUCAAGGAAUAAAAAACAUGAUAGUCCUAUUUUGGAAUUUCAAAACUUUUUUACUCCUAUUUAGGUAAUUCACCCAAAUAAAUAAUGUUACCCCCAAUCUAUAUAAUUGCAACACUUUUAAUUUUCUAUUUUAAAUUAUGGAAUUAACCCCAUAAAUUUAUAUUUUUGAAAGAAAUAAUACAUGACAAUGGUGCAAAAAUAACUUUUUAUUUAAAGUUUAGCGUAUUUAAAUUACAUAUGCAAGUUUGGGGUAUUUACCUCACACCCCUUCAAAGUUUGGGGUAUUUUUAUUAUUUUUCCCCUUGGAAUGGUCACAAUCCGUGAAGUUGGCUGAUGUAGAGCGCUUGGCUGAGCAAAUUGAAGCAGAGGUGGGACCCCGAAAUGGGAUGCCGAGAACUAUGCAAAUUUGACGUCUAGUGUCAAAAAGAUCCUCAUAAUAAAUUGGGUUUUAAAUUUAUGUUUUGUGUCUUUCUAAAUUCCUACUUCCCAGGAUUUAUGUUUGUGCCUUUCUAAAUUCCUACUUUCCCAGAAUUUAUGUCUUGUUGAGAUGGGGUUUUAAACCACAUCUUAGAUAGUAUUUAAGGAUGCUAAUUACUUUAUUAUGGAUAUUAUACAUUCCUGAAUAAUACAAAGAGUUUUCUCUAGUUUCAGUGGAUUUCCGAAAGCCUUUUUUUUGAGUUUCGUUGCUGGCGAACUCGAGUAUCAAUUCAGGAUUAACCAUUGUUUAAUCUCGUGCUUCUUUGUUGCGUCAGUUUGGUAUCAGAGCAGGUUUCUCCUAUUCUUUUCUUGGCUGAAAUAGUAUGGGAGAUCAUCCAAUUACCUGAGCAGACCUUGAUGGAUUCGCCACCAGGAUCACUGAGGCUCUUGCCGCUAUGACCGCCCAGCUAUCUACGCAGAUAGCCACUCUUAGUAACGACGACCACACUAGGAGACCGGGAAAUAUGAGAGAGGGUCGGCAUCGGCAUCCUCGACAUGGGGGAAUCGGGCAGAAGAUAGUUCUGAGUCCGAAGAAAAGGAAGAAGAACCCAUAGGCUAUAAUGAUGAUCAACACGAUCGCCAGGAUUACAGAGUGAAAGCUGAUAUCCCUUUGUUUUAUGGAAACACUGGAGUUGAACAAUUUCUUGAUUGGCAAAUCGACGUUGAUAGAUUUUUCGAUGUUAUGGAAGUGCCGGAAAGCAAGCAGGUCAAGAUGGUUGCGAUUAGGUUGAAAAGUACUGCUGCAGUAUGGUGGGAUAAGUUAGUUUAUCAAGGGCAAUGCCAAAGGAAAGAACCAAUCAGGACUUGGAGACAUAUGAGGCAACUGAUGAUAGAUCGCUUCUUGCCGGAGGAGUGUAUGUGAAUAUACAACUGAGUUUAUACGUUUGUCCGAUCGCAAUGAACUAGGCGAGACUGAGGGGCAGAGGGUGGCUCGUUAUAUCAGCGGAUUAAAGGGUUCAAUACAGGAAAAGAUGGGUUUGCAGACCGUAUGGAGCAUUAAUGAAGCCUCUACGUUAGCUCUGAAGGCAGAACUGAUGGAAAAAUCUCCUAAAAUUUUUCCAUUUUUUCGCAAGUUUACAUCACAAAACACUCCGGAGACAGCGAAUGAGAAGGAAAAGGAGGUUGUGCCUAAAGAAACGCAAUCUGUAACUAAAGGAAGCAGUACAACAAGCAAUUAUAACCAGGGACCCGACAAAACACCGACUCAGAAGGCCAUUAACCCAUAUGCUUGGCCCAGUGGAGAUAAAUGCUACCGCUGUCAGGGAUUCGGACAUAAGUCCAACGUGUGUCCUUCCCGGAGAACGGUUGCUCUUGCCGAGUAUGAAAAUGAAAAGGAAACUGAUGAAUAUGAAGGUGCUGAGUUUGCUGAAGAAGAAACUGAGGAGAGAGUGAAUAUCGUGGUCCAGCGAAUUUUGUUCUCAUCCAAGGAGGAAGGACAAUGGAAAAGUUUGUUUCGUGCCAACUGUUCUAUUAAGAAUAAACUGUGUAACCUCAUAGUGGAUAAUGGAAGUACUGAGAAUCUAGUAUCCCAGAAGCUAGUGGAGUAUUUGAAAUUGGAAACAAAACCACACCACAAACCCUACGCUUUGGGUUGGGUGAGCAAGGGGUCACAAGUGAGGGUAUCACAAACCUGCAAGGUCCCUAUCUCUAUUGGGAAGCACUACAAGGAUGAGAUUAUGUGUGACGUUUUGAAUAUGGAUGUGUGCCAUGUGUUACUUGGUCGACCUUGGCAGUAUGACAACGAUAUCACAUAUCGGGGUCGUGAUAAUGUAUUGUUGUUCACCUGGGAGGGGCACAAAAUCGUUAUAGCACCGGUAGCCAAUUUCGAUAAGGAUUCAAAAAAAGAGAAAUCUACUUUUCUUAUCAUGGUUGAUAACAUAAAAGAGUUGGAUACAGCCAUCCAAGACGUCGAGUGUAUUUAUCCAGUAGUACUGAAGGGAUUGUUGAGCGCCGUCAAGGAGAGUAUUGAAGUAUCGAGUAAAGUACAUGUCAUUUUGAGGGAUUUCAGUGAGCUUAUUUCCGAGGAACUGCCAAACGGUUUACCUCCUACGCGUGACAUUCAGCACCAUAUUGAUUUAAUCCCGGGAGCCAGUUUGCCUAACCUUCCUCACUACCGCAUGAGACCUAAGGAGAGCAAAAUUCUAAGGGAGAUAAUUGAAGAACUGUUGAAAAAGGGGCUUAUCAGGGAAAGUAUGAGUCCUUGUGCUGUUCCGGUUCUUCUAGUUCCUAAGAAGGAGAAUCGUUGGAGAAUGUGUGUUGACAGCCGGGCCAUCAACAAGAUUACCAUCAAAUACAGAUUCCCAAUACCGCGACCGGAGGAUAUGCUUGAUGAGAUGGCAGGAGCUAAAUUUUUCUCAAAAUUAGAUUUACGCAGCGGCUAUCACCAAAUUCGGAUCAGACCCGGGGAUGAGUGGAAAACCGCUUUUAAGUGAAAGGACGGCCUCUUCGAGUGGCUAGUGAUGCCAUUCAGGCUAACCAACGCACCCAGCACAUUCAUGAGAUUAAUGAACCAGGUUCUUCAUCCUUUUAUUGGCUUUUUUGUGGUAGUUUACUUUGAUGACAUCUUCAUUUACAGCAAAACUAAGGAGGAACAUUUGAAGCACCUCAGGGAAGUGUUACAAGUCUUACAAGAAAACCAGUUAUAUGUUAACCUAAAGAAAUGCAUGUUCUGCAUCAACCAAUUGCUUUUUCUGGGUUUUGUUAUUGGUAAGAACGGGGUUCAUGUAGAUGAUGAGAAAGUGAGAGCAAUUAGAGAUUGGCCAGCUCCCAAGUCUGUCAGCGAGGUACGCAGCUUCCACGGGUUAGCCGCUUUCUACCAGCGCUUUGUGCGGGAUUUCAGCACUAUUACCGCUCCUAUCACUGAUUGUCUGAAAAAAGGAAAGUUUUGUUGGGGCCUUGAAUUAGAACAAAGUUUUGCAUUGAUCAAAGAAAAGCUUUGCACUGCACCAGUUCUUGCUUUGCCUGAUUUUGAUAAAAUAUUCCAAGUUGAGUGUGACGCGAGUGGCAUCGGGGUAGGUGCUAUACUCUCACAGGAAAAACAGUCAGUGGCUUUCUUUAGUGAGAAAUUAAGUGAAGCCAGACAGAAGUGUAGUACUUAUGACCAAGAAUUUUAUGCAGUGCUUCGUGCUCUCAGGCAAUGGGAGCAUUAUUUGGUCCAGAGGGAGUUUAUUCUAUUUACUGACCAUCUUGCCUUGAAAUUUCUCCACAGCCAGAAGAUCAUAAACAAGAUGCACGCACAAUGGGUGAGUUAUCUGCAGAAAUUUCCUUUUAUUAUUCAACAUAAGUCUGGGAUUCAGAACAAGGUAGCCGAUGCUUUGAGUCGAAGGGCUUCCUUGUUAAUCACAUUAGCCCAGGAAAUUAUAGGCUUUGAGUUGCUGAAAGAGUUGUAUGAGAAUGACACCGAUUUCCACGAAUUAUGGACCAAGUGCCGUGAUCUCCAUCCGAGUGCUGAUUUUCAUAUUAAUGAAGGCUACCUUUUUAAGGGAAAUCGACUCUGUAUUCCCCGAACUUCACUACGAGAGAAGUUAAUUCGUGAAUUGCAUGGAGGCGGACUUAGUGGGCAUCUGGGCAGGGAUAAGACUAUGGCUAACCUCGAGGAACAUUAUUUUUGGCCUCACCUGAAGAAAGACCUCAGUACCAUUGUUCGGAAGUGCUAUACCUGUCAGGUUUAUAAAGGCCAAUCCCAAAACACUGGCCUAUAUAUGCCUCUGCCCAUCCCGGAUGACAUCUGGCAGGACCUCUCUAUGGACUUUGUGCUCGGUUUACCUCGUACACAGAGAGGUGUGGACUCCGUGUUCGUAGUGGUUGAUAGGUUUUCCAAGAUGUCCCAUUUUAUAGCCUGCAAGAAAACUGCGGAUGUCUCUAAUAUAGCCAAAUUAUUUUUCAGGGAGAUGGUGCGUUUACCUGGAGUUCCUAAAACCAUUACUUCGGAUAGGGACAACGUUAUUUGGAACAACGUUAAAUAGAAGCCAUUUUUUUUUUCUACCGCUCACCCGCAAACGGAUGGACAGACCGAAAUAACGAACAGGACACUGGGAAAUAUGAUCAGAAGUGUUUGCGGGGAAAAGCCAAAACAGUGGGAUCUAGCAUUACCGCAGGUAGAGUUUGCUUACAACAGCGCUGUGCACACAGCCACGGGGGUAACAACUUUCUCUCUGGUCUACACUUCCGCCCCCAGACAUGUAGUGGAUCUGGUGCCGUUGCCUAAAGCUCCUGGAGUGAGCUCCGCUGGUGAAACUAUGGCCAGAGAUGUGCAAGCUGUUAAAGAGGCUACAAAAGCUAAGCUAAAGGCCACGGGGCAGAAGAAUAAGGCUGUUGCGGACAAACACAAGCGGUUGAAGGUAUUCACAGUUGGUGAUGAUGCGAUAGUAUUUUUGCGAAAAGAGAGGUUUCCAGUAGGCACCUACAAGAAGUUGCAGCCCCGCAAGUAUGGCUCAUUCAAUGUAACAAAGAAGAUUAACGACAAUGCUUAUGUCGUUGCUCUCCCCUACUCUCUGAAUAUUUCUAACACGUUCAAUGUGGCUGACAUAUAUGCAUAUCACGAGGAUUGUGUUCUAUAUCCCGAUCAGAACUCGGGGUCGAGUUCUUCACAGGUGGAGGAGACUGAUGUAGAGCGCUUGGCUGAGCAAAUUGAAGCAGAGGUGGGACCCCGAAAAGGGAUGCCGAGAACUAUGCAAAUUUGACGUCCAGUGUCAAAAUAAGCCUCGUAAUAAACUAGGUUUUAAAUUUAUAUUUUGUGUCUUUCUAAAUUCCUACUUCCCAGGAUUUAUGUUUGUGCCUUUCUAAAUUCCUACUUACCCAGAAUUUAUGUCUUGUUGAGAUGGGGUUUUAAACCACAUCUUAAGACAGUAUUUAAGGAUGCUAAUUACUUUAUUAUGGAUAUUACACAUUCCUGAAUAAUACAAAGAGUUUUCUCUAGUUUCGGUGGAUUUCUGAAAGCCUUUUUUUAGUUUCGUUGCUGGUGAACUCGAGUAUCAAUUCGGGAUUAACCAUUGUUUAAUCUCGUGCUUCUUUGCUGCGUCAUUGGCCAUUAAUGAUAGAGGUAAACUAGGGUUCUUAACAGGCAAAACCCAUGUCCCGACAACAGAUAAACCUAAUUACAAAGUAUAAUGAUUGGUGAACUCCUUGACCAUUGUGUGACUGCUCAUUCUAAUGGAUUCAUUGAUGGCUCGAUCCCAUAUGUUCCUCAAAACUAUGAAAGAAGUUUAGCAUGCUGAUUGUGAGACCUUUUCAGACCUUGAGAACUUCGCACAAACCUGAGCUGAAACCCCAACUAUAGGAAUCCAAACAGGGCCAACUUGAUGUGACCACCUACUAUAACGAAAUGGUCACUUUUUGGCAGGAACUUGAUCACUGCAAUGACAUAUGGGAGAACUAGAACGACCAAGCUUGUCAGCAGAAGCAUGAAAAAAAUGACCAUGUCUUUAUGUUCCUCGCUGGUGUGAAUUGUGAACUAUGUAAACUGUAUUUCAUUAUAAUGAAUCUUGAUAUUAAGAACUAUACAAGUAGCUAUAUUUAUAGCAAAAACUAGAGCACUAGGGUUACUAUACAAGACGGGCUAAGCCCAAUACAACUAGGGUUUCAAAUAUAUUGCAUCCUAGGCCCUCUAAGAGACUUGGUUAAAACAUCUGCAAGUUGAUUUGUUGUUUUGACAUAAUGAGUAGUAAUAUGUCCAUUUGUGAUUUUUUCUCGAAUAAAGUGACAAUCAACUUCAAUGUGUUUACUCCUCUCAUGAUACACUGCAUUGGAAGCAAUGUGCAUUGCAGCUUGAUUAUCACAAAUUAGCUUGACGGACUUCAUGCUUCCGUAUUUUAAUUCUUGAAGGAGAUGCUUCAACCAUAAUAUAUCACAUGAGGCAAGGGCCAUUGCAUGAUAUUCUGCUUCAGCAAUAGACCUGGCAACCACAUCCUAUUUCUUACUUUUCCAAGAAAUUAAAUUUCCACCAAUCAAAAUGCAAUAUCCAGAAGUAGAAUGUUUAUCCAUUGGACAACCAACCCAAUCUGCAUCACAAUAUCCAACAAUGUCAUGGUGCCUUCGAUCUUCAAAGAGUAAUCCUUGUCUUGAAGUUUUCUUGAUGUAUCUCAAGACUCGGAUAGCUGCGUCCCAAUGUCCAUCACAUGGCUUAUCAAGAAACUGACUAAGCAUUAAGCAAACUAACAACAAAUGAAAUAUCUGGUCUUGUGAUGGUAAGAUAGUUCAAUUUCCCAAUACGCCUUCUAUAUCUCUCUUUAUUGGGCAGGAGGUCACCUUGUUCUGACACGAGUUUGACGUUUGGAUCCAUUGGUGUAUCCACUGGCCUACAAUCCAACAUACCUGCUUCCUCAAGAAUAUCCAAUGCAUAUUUCCUCUGUGAGAGCACAAUUCCAUUGUUUGAUUGAGCAACCUCAAUACCAAGAAAGUACUUUAGUUUUCUCGAGUCUUUUGUUUGAAAUUUGCUAAAAAGAUAUUCCUUGAGUUGGGCAAUUCCUUGGUCAUCAUUACCUGUAAUGACAAUGUCAUCAACAUAUACAACAAGAAAUAUACAUUUAUUGCCUGCAGAAUGUCUGUAGAAUAUGGAAUGAUCUACAUCACUCCGAGUCAUGGCAAAACCACGAACAACACUAAAUCUCCCAAAAACCAUGCACGUGGGGAUUGUUUCAACCCAUAUAAAGAACGACGUAAUCUGCAAACCAAACCAGACUCCCCAUGAGCAACAAAACCAGAGUAAAUCGGAGUAGAUCUGCAAAAUCGUUCAGUAAACUGUGGGUAAAGUGGUGGCGCGUGUAGGCACGUGAAUGAGUCCGAGCCGAUACGGUUUCUGGCGGGCUGGUCGAGAUGGUGCGCUGAGCAAGGCGGUAGGUGUAGAUUUGAUAUAUCACUACCGGAAGUGCAACGCCUAACGCGGCUACUGUUCACACCGGAAAUACUCGCCCGAAAAAAACAAUGUCCUAAAUACAGUGCGCCAUAUAAAUGGCUCUGAUACCAUGUGAACUAUGUAAACUGUAUUUCAUUAUAAUGAAUCUUGAUAUUAAGAACUAUACAAGUAGCUAUAUUUAUAGCAAAAACUAGAGCACUAGGGUUACUAUACAAGACGGGCUAAGCCCAAUACAACUAGGGUUUCAACGUGAAUCAAAGCACGGACAAACAUGGUUUCAACUUCAAGGGCAGAAUUCUUGGUCGCAGUCCCCUCAAGCCAAUCUGCAAGGUAUUCCCUGAAGUUUGUCUUGGAAAAAAAUCGGCCUAAGAUCAUGAACACGGACAAACAUCUGAUGGACAGUGGCAACAAUACAAAUAAUGCUUCUGCCCUGGUAGUUCGAAACAACAAACAAGGUGGGUACAAGAAGAAGAAAGUCAAGAAACGCUGGUGAUUUCUGCAAGAAAUUUUGGCACAGCUGCAACAAAGUUAAGAAACGCUGGAAGAUUCACAAAAAAACACCCGGAUGGAAAGCUAAAUCCAAUCGAGCUCUUCACACCAUGGUUGAACCCACUCAAGAGAAACAAGUCAAAUCAGAACCGGCCCAAUUCACUCAAAGACGAAUAGAGCAAAUUCUAAAAACCAUAACUGAAUCUGAUAGAACCCCUUUUGAUAACCUUAUUGUGUCCAAUUUAUUUUGAAAUACAGAUCAUUCUAUUUUCCAAUGUGAAAUUUGUGCACUUGUUAAACAUCAUGAAAGCAUAUAUACUCCUGGUCCAUAUGAAUCUUCUGUACAAACCAUUUGCAUUGAUUCAUAGACCUUUGGGGUCCUCACAUAUCACAAAAUGUUAUGGCAAAAGAUGGUUUAUAACACUAAUUGAUGACCACACUACAGUUUGUUGAGUAUCUUUGUUAAAAGAAAAGGCUGAAGUAGAGCAAGUUUUUAGAAAUUUCUAUAACAUGAUACUCACACAAUUUGACACAAAAAUCCAACUUCUUUGGAGUGAUAAUGGUGGGGAGUAUCUUGCAGAAUUUUUAGAAGAAUUUCUUAAAGAAAAAAUGAUUGUUCAACAAAGUUCAUGUAAUGUAACACCACAAUAAAAUGGUACAGCAGAAAGAAAAAAUAUUUUAGAGGUUGCUCGUGCACUUAUGUUCUCUACCAAUAUUCCAAAAUACUUCGUGUGGUGAUGCAGUUUUACAUUCUGUUUAAUUGAUAAAUAGAAUGCCAUAUAAGGUUCUUCAAUUCAAAACUCCAAUUCCAUAGUCACUAUGGCGGGGUUUCGUGGCGCGGUGCCAUCAGACCGCCAUACUGCCAUGGUGAUAUGGUGUCUGUCGUGGUGACAUCACGGCGAUACGUCGUGUUAGGCAAUAGUGUAUGAAAACUACACAUGUAGUCGUGUAUUUCUUUGUAAUACAAUGUAACUAGAUUCUCGUAUAAAUACUCUAUAAUCUCUCAUUCUCAAUAAGGUGAUUUCAUUUCCAUCUUCUACCUUGCUUCAACUCUAAUAUGGUAUCAAAGCUUUGCUCGAUCUAACCAUGACGAACUCUACAUUUAAUUCUACAUCCUCGCAAACAUCUUCGCACUCUGCCUCACAAUCUUCUCCGGUAAUUUUUCAUCAUCCUCUACCUGUUAAACUUGAUUUCAACAAUUUUCCUGUUCUGGCGACAUCACGUUGAAUCUGUAAUACGUGCUCACAAACUUCUCACAUUCAUAGAGAAUCCUCAGAUACCAGAACGAUUCGCAGUUGAUGAAAAUGGAGCCAAAACAAUCAACGAAGCAUACAACUGGGAGCAACAAGAUCAAAUGCUAUUUUCCUGGCUCUUGGCUUCGCUUUCUGAAUCACUUCACGCUCGCGUCAUCAAUUGCAAGCAUUUGCACGAACUAUAGAGUGAAAUUCAGAAAUUUUUUCGAUCAAGUAUCAUCGCAAGGGCUCGUCAACUGAAAUCGGAACUCUAUAACACUGGAAAAGGUGAUCGCUCAAUUUCUGACUAUUUGCUUCGUAUUCAGACAAUAGUUUAUAAUCUAAUGUCUCUCAGUGAACCUAUAUCAACCAAGGAUCACAUUAAUGUGAUCUUUGAAGGUCUUCCUGAGGAUUACGAAUCGCUUAUAUCAUCUAUCACUUCUCGAAGCAUUUUAGACCCUGUCACUAUCUCUGAACUUGAA